AUGAUUGAUUUAUUAGCAACAAAAGGUCCUAAAAGAGAUUUAUCUAUUCUGAAGGGUCCUAAAGAUAAAUCAUCUAGACGUUUUACGGCUAAUUUGUAUACUAGAGUUUUACCAAAUGGAGAGAAAUGUGAAAGAGAUUGUCACCAAGAACAGAUCUCUUUGAUAAUUCGAUAUGUGGAUAUUUCGUCAAAUUCUGUUAGUGUUGAAGACUCUUUUUUAGGAUUUUUGAAUGUCAAUGAUACAACUGGUCAAGGGCUUUUUGUUUUACAAGAUGAAUUGAAAAAUCUUGAUCUUGACAUAUUUGAUGUGCGGGGAAAAGGUUAUGAUAAUGGGUCUAAUAUGAAAGAUAAUGUAAAAUGUUUGACUCCAAAAUCAUUGUCAUCCACUCGUUGGGAGAGUCAUGUAGAUAGUGUUAGAGCUAUUAAAACUCAAAUGUCAGAUUUUAGAGAAGCUUUACUUGAAGUGUCAGAUAAGGAUCUUGAUUCUAAAAUAAGAAGUGAAGCUAAAUCCUUAGCAACAAAUGAACUUGGUGAUUUUGAGUUUUUAAUCGCUAUAAUUAUUUGGCUUGAAAUAUUAUCUGCAAUUAAUGUGGUUAGCAAGCUUUUACAAUCAAGAGAUAUGGUUAUUGAUGUUGCUAUCAAAAAAAUAACGGGAUUGAUUGCAUUUUUUAAGGAAUAUAGGGAAACCGGUUUUAAAAAUGCCUUGAGUUUUGCUACGGAAAUUGCCAUUGAAUUGAAUAUUGAUCCAAUAUUUCCUCAAAGGCAGACAUUGAAACAUAAUGAGCAAUGUGAUAUUGAUGGGAAACAAUUAUGUAUGGAGUUAAGGUUACUAAGAGAUAUGUUGCCUGCAGGUAAUGUUGGACCUAUUGAUAUAUUGAGAUUUUUGAAAGGCAUGGAUGUUUUCCCUAAUACAAUUAUUGCAUACAGAAUUUUACUGACUAUUCCGGUAACAGUUGCCUCUGCAGAAAGAAGUUUUUCAAAAUUGAAGCUGUUGAAGUCUUACGUGCGGUCUACCAUGAUAGCAAUUGAGAAUAAUCUGUUGGAGAAUAUACAAUAUGAAGACUUGAUCGAAAAUUUUGCUUCAAAAAAUGCUAGGAGAGAGACUUUUUUUAAGUAG